AUGUCGGCCGCAUUGACGACCAACGUCGAUCAGCGGCUGCUUCGUACGACCAAGUUCCCACCCGAGUUUAACACCAAGGUUAAUCUGGCAAAGGUCAACGUGCAACUGAUCAAAGCAUGGGUCGGUGACGAGGUUGCGAGAAUCUUGAAGAGCGAGGACGAUGUCGUGACUGAGCUGGUGAACAACAUACUUGACUCCUCCAAACAUCCCAACAUCAAAGAGCUCCAGAUCCAGCUUACGGGCUUCCUCGACAAAGAUGCUGCUCCGUUCUGCCAAGCUCUGUGGAAGCUCUGUCUGAGUGCACAAGACAGCCCGCAUGGCGUGCCGAAAGAGCUCCUCGAAGCGAAGAAGGCGGAACUCGCACAGGCUAAGGCCGACGAGGACAAAGCGCGCGAAGAUGCACUGAAGCGUCAGGAAGCCGACCGCGAGAGAGAGCGUGAUGUCGCUCGCGUCAGAGACCGUGAGCGCAGUGAGCGCGGGCGAGGUAGAGGCGGCCGCGGUGGUCGUGACUUCGAUCGCCGUGCGCCUCGUGACUCGAGAUCACCACCUCCAAGACGUCGGCAUGACGAUGACGACUAUCGCAGACCGCCGCCACGAGCUACCGACAGCUAUAUUCCCAGCAACCCACGCCGCCGAGGCUCGCCAUCCUACAGCCGAUCUCCAUCGCCUCCGCGACGCAGGAGACGCGACCCGUCACGCUCUCGCAGCCCACCACGCCGAAGCCGCAACACUAGCACUGAGCGCUCUCGUUCGCGUGAUCGAGGCUCCGACCGUCGCCGUAAGCGCUCUUCCGCCCUUAGACGCCGCUCGCCAUCUCCAAGACGCCAUCGUCGCAGAUCACCCUCAUCGUCCGACCGCAGCAGAUCGCCACCCGCCAAGCGCAACCGUAGAGAUUCGCCCUCUGCAGCACGUCCAUCUACCUCGGACUCCGCACCAUCUCACCCGUCCCCAGCAGCAAAGAAGAAGAAAGACACAGCUCUCGCGUCAAACGACCUAAUGUCCACUAACCGCCGCAAGGAGAGCUUCCGCAAAGAAGCCGGUCGCCUCUCACGCGAGCCAAGCGCCAGCACAUCUCCGAGUGUAACACCACAGACCGACACGGAGAAGACGAAGGCAGGCGCACAAGUGGGUAACGACUCUUGA